AUGGAAAAGUUUUCUAAUUGGAGAGAUAAGGGAACUGGUAUUACCCCCUUCAUCCAAUCCAAUCCAAGAUUUUCAUUGAUAUCAUUGCCAGUUAUACUUGUCAAGUUACCCAUUUUCAUCUUCCUACUUCCUUUGGCAUUACUCAAUAUCUCAAUAAUUAAAUCCUUCAUCUUGAAGUUUUUAUUCAAUUUCGAAAGUAAAAUCCCCAGAUUGAACAAGGAUUUGGUUUACAUAACCAACUAUUCAUCACCAUUGCUUGCUUUUGUGGUCAACUUGCCUAUUAAUAUCCCUAUCGAUAAGGAAAUUCAGAGCUUUUCGACAUGGACUUACAUUCUUCACUCAUUGGGUUAUGAAGUGAAAGGUAAAAAAGUGAAAGAAAUGAAGCGUGGUAUCUUAUUGAUAGAAGGUACUCCAUCUAACAAUAAAUGUAUUUUGAAAUUUGAGACUUUCGACACAAGCAUAUCAGGUAAAUUGGGUACAUUAAUUGUUAAAUUCCAACCAAACUGGGUGAAUACACCCGUGCCAACAAACCCUUUUUCAUAUUUGAUCGGACUCAUGAAUUUUGAAAAAAAAUUCUGCAACAUAAAGGUGGUUGAUCAUAGAGAAAACUUAGAAAGAUGUAAGAGAGAUUUCGAUAAUAGUAAUUUAAAACUCGUCAAUUUUGGUCUCAUUGAUAAAAAAGAAUUUUGGAAGUAUAAAUUAGAGAAUUAA